CGCGGCGGCGGGCGCGGCGGCCGCUGCCAUGGACUGGUGAUCGCGGCGGCUCCUCGCGCUCUCCCCGGCCGGGCGGCGCUCCUCACCGCAACCCCUCAGCCGGGGCCAUGGGCUCGUCGGCGGCCGCGGCGGCGGCGGCGGCGGCGGCCGCGGACUCGGCGCAGUGGCUCUCGGUGAAGGAGGAGACCAUCUUCCUGCACGACGGGCUGAUCCGGGUCACCGACCUGGCCGAGCUGCCCAGCGAGAUCCUCGGGGCCCCGGAGGCCGCCGACACCGACUUGGAGAUUUUAACAUUUGAGACCAAGAACCCGACAGAAUUAGCAGAACGUUUGCGGUCUGUUUGUGGGAAUCAGAGCAAUGCCUAUGCCCGCCUGCUGGAAUACCGCCUGAAUGCCUUGCGAGGACUGUGGAAUGCCCAGCGCCAGCUGGCCUUGGAAGAACAGCAUGAAAGGGAAAGUUCAGGUGAUGAAGAAACUUUGGCUCUGCUCAAACGCCAGGGCUUGUUGCAGCAACCUGAGCAAGCUCCCUUCACAUCACGGAUGGGGCUCCUGCUGGUCUUCCCCCUUAUUCAGUCCCAGAGUAGAACAGACCCCUCUCUCUGUAACAUAACUGCUGAGGUGCUAUUGAACUGCCUUCGCGACUGCCAGCCUUUGAGCUUGACCAAGGAGCCUGUUGACUGUCUCAAUGGAAUUGAAACUUUGCUGUGCUCUUGGCUAGAGGACACUUCUGACACGGGCCAACACAUCCCACAUAAGCAAAAAGAAAAUGCUGCUGCUGCUCUGGUGGCUUUGGCAUGUGCCAGGGGAUCAUUGAAAACUUUUGUCCAUACAGUCCAUCUAUUACAGAAACAGACUGAUCUAGGGUCCCUGCCUGUAGCUGAUGUACUGUAUAGGCUGUUGCUUUUGGAAGGGGGACCUGGAUCCCCUUCCUGUUUGCUUGGUGGCAAACACAUAGUAUCAUGGGGGUAUGAAGACAUGUUGCCUGCACCAGAUAGCAACACUGGCUCCAGUUCUGAAAAUAAAGAUGCUGACUUGGGACGCUGUCUCACGGCGGAUGGUCUUUACCUCUAUACUACUAACUCAGUUGGAAGAGGACUAAGCAAAUUGGGGUCUGGAUUACAUGGUACUCUCAGAGGUUUUGUGUAUUGCCGGAACGAGGAGCUGGAGCCAGGAUGGAUUGCUUUUGGCAGCGGCAGUCUUCUCCACCGGCCUGUUUCUUUUGAUAAUAAACCUCACUCCCUUUUCCAGGUCAUUGACCAGAAUACCCUUCAGGUGUGCCAGACGGUGUCAAUGCCAGCCAAUCACCUCCCUGUUGGCAGUACUAUGAGCACUGUGCACCUUUCUUCAGAUGGUACUUACUUCUAUUGGAUCUGGUCACCUGCCAGUCUGAAUGAGAAAACACCUAAGGGGCAUUCUGUCUUCAUGGACAUUUUUGAACUUGUGGUCGAAAAUGGUGUAUUUGUAGCCAGUCCACUUCAGGAACGCACAAUUCUAAUGAGAAAAGAGGGCGAGUCUGCAAAAAGCAUUAAUGAGAUGCUUCUGAGCAGACUUUCACGCUACAGAGCCUCCCCAUCCGCAACGCUGGCUGCCCUUACUGGCUCCACCAUCUCCAACACACUGAAAGAGGACCAAGCAGCAAAUACUAGCUGUGGACUACCUCUGAAAAUGCUUCGGAAGACACCUAUAUAUACCUGUGGCACGUACUUGGUGAUGCUGGUCCCACCUCCAGGGGGAUCAGGCAGCUCUGCUACCCGCUCUCUUUUUGGUGGAACAAGUGGUUUGUCAUCUUUAAAAAUCCUUGCCUCUAGCUUGGUGUAUAAUAUUUCGGAUGGUCAGUUCACAAGUCGUGCCGAUCUCAUAGAUGCUGCUGGAAGCUCGCUGGGGCGUGGUGCUCUUGUUCCAGGAUUAGGCGCCUGUUAUGAUACGGUGAACAAUAUGCUGUGGACGUGCUCAAAUGACUAUAUUGAUCAGUGGUGUAAUCCUGGGAAUCAGGCCUUCCAUUAUGUCUGUCAGAGACUUGGAGUCAGCCACAUCAUCACUGAGCCCAAAGAAGAGGCUAUAACCACGAAUGAGGUUAUAAACCAAUUAUUGCACCACGUUGGUGCGAUGUGCAUACACCAACUCAAUCUCCUUGCUACCAAUCCUAAUCUUCCAAUCACAAGUGUCUUGGGCAAGCAGCAUCCGAUUGAAGCACACCAUCUUAGCAGUAUUUGUGACAUUAUGGAGAAGGCCAUGGUUAAUGGAGAUACCUGUAUUAUACGCUGCAUUCUCGUUGUCUUUCAGGUGGUGUUUAAAUUUUUCUUCAGCCCACAAACUGAAAGAAAUCGAGACAUCAUUCGACGAUCGGGAUUGCUUCUUUGGCAGUUGUUGAUGGCACCAAAAGAUCAAAUUUGCCCUGAAAUUCAGAAGGAAGUCUGCCUUGCUAUCAGCUCUGGUUUAAAUAUCUUGUAUCCAGGUGAAACUGAGAUCAAUACCUUACUUAAGCUGGUCUUAACAGAAGGAGAGAGAAACUGUGGGCUUGCCCAGCUUCGGGAUGUGAUCCUGACCAAUUUAGCUGAACAACUUCAGAACAACCGAUUUGGCAGCGAGGAGGAUGAUCAUUACAGACUAAAUGAUGAGCUUUUACACUACAUUCUGAAGAUUGUUGUACGAGAAUCCUGUAUCUUAAUCACCAAGUGCCAAACUGUCUCUAAAGAUGAUUUUCAAAAACUCCUUUCAACUGUGCCUGCUGCAUCCUCCUGCUUGCGCUAUCUGAUGGCAGUCCAGAACCACCUUCUCAGUAACACUAUUUUGAUUAAACCUGAUGAGAAUGAUGACAGUGACAACUCCUUGCAGGGAGAGACAUUGAAGGUACAGGAGCUAAAGGUCAGUAUUUUGGCUCUUGCCACCCAAAUCCUGACUGGAUGUGAUGAAGUGUUGGAAAUGCUACAGCAGGUCACAACUGCCCUCAUAAAUAGUGACAUAGCUGACCGUGAACAGAGGUUAAAAGGCUUGGAACAAGUUACUAAGGCUACUAUGCUUGGUCACCUUCUUCCAGUGUUACUGACCUCCCUGAUGCACCCGAAUUUACAGACUCUGACCAUGGCCGACGCGCUGAUGCCUCAGCUAGUGCAGCUGGUGCUCUAUACCAGUCAGACGGCUUUGCUGCUUAAAACGCAGUGUCCAGUUUUUGCUGAGGUGGGCUGUUCCCCAUGUGGUACAUCAGACCAGAAGGGCAGGCCGUUCCCCGAUGAGAGAAUGCUGGAAGAGAAGGAAGAGCCAGGCUUUCUCACUGGUUUGAAGAUUCCUGCUCCGUGGGCUGCCGGGAAGACUGUGGAAACAGUCCACCCUGUCAGAGACAACUAUAAAUUUAAAGAAACUGUCCAUAUCCCAGGAGCUCGCUGCCUGUAUCUUAGAUUUGAUAGCAGAUGCUCUUCACAAUAUGACUAUGACAAAUCUAACAGUAUAUUUUCUGUUUUGAAGUUGGUGAUAUACGCGGGGCCUAACACAAACAGUAGGAAGGUUGCUGAGUAUGGAGGCAAUACACUGGGAUAUGGCAGCCGUAGUGUCUUAGGAACUGGUUGGCCAAAAGACUUGGUGAAGGUGGAAGGAGAUACAGUCACCUUCUCCUUUGAAAUGAGAAGUGGCCGUGAACACAACACUCCUGAUAAAGCUAUGUGGGGCUUUGCUUGCACGGUUCGAGCUCAGGAGUCUUCGGAGGAUGUGUCGGGAGGCUUACCCUUUCUGGUAGACCUGGCUUUAGGUCUGUCUGUGUUAGCUUGUUCCAUGUUAAGAAUCCUGUACAAUGGACCAGAAAUUACCAAAGAAGAAGAAGCCUGUCAGGAGCUAUUGCGGUCCAAACUUUUACAAAGGUGCCAGUGGCAGGUGGAGGCCAAUGGUGUGAUCUCCCCUGCCCUUACUCCGAGCCCGUCUCCACUGCCUCUGACCAUCGAGGAAGACAGAGAAUUCACCUACCCAUCUGACGUCCUUGUGCCUCCCGUUGGAAACUACUUUGACCUGCCCCGGAUCAGGCUGCCUCCAGGAAUCAUGAUAAAGCUCAGGGAAAUUUCUGGGCGUGCUAGACCUCAAUUUAGGCCAAGCAUAAAAGAAGUAAUUCAGCCAGACGUGAUGGAGGAAAUGGUGGUAUCAUGUGUUAUUAAGCACUUGAACUUGGUUGAUGCACUGCAGUCCCUAAUAAAUUUCCAGUAUCAAGAAGAACAUGCUGAGGAAUAUGAUUUAUUGUGUAAAAUUAUGGGAGAGACCUUUAAGAAACUCAAUGCCAUGGAGAGACAGCUGCAGAGUGUUGCAGAACUGGAACAGAAAUGGCAAAGUGAGGUUGAUGAUGCCAUGCAGGGAAAACUGGAGAACAACAUGCCUUUCUUCUAUGAUUACCAUUUUAAUGAGAACAAAAUGAAAGAACUAGAACUUUUGUGUUCAAUGAAGGAAGUCUCCUUUGAUGGAAAUGAUCUUGAAAACAUGGUCCUAUCACUGAGGGAGAAGUUCGUACAAGAAGUGAAUUCUCUUAUUCAGAAACCCUCACACCCACUGGCUAAAACGAAGACGUUAGUGAAGAGUUUAAUGAACCGAGCCGAGCUGUUGCUGCACGUUACCAUUGCGGCCCAGUCCGGCCUCACGAGAAGCAUCUCGGGGACCCCUGCAGAAACACCGGCUUGUAAAUCAGCUUCUGAAACAAAGGUGGUAUCUCACGCUGUGCGGCAGCCUGUUUUCCUUCGCAGCAUGUCGGCUCCUUCUGACCUGGAAAUGAUUGGUAAUGAAGAUUUGGAAUUUACUAGAGCAAAUCAGAGGCGGCGCCAUGUGACCAGCCACCGCAGCAGCUCCUUUACGCUUCUGCAGUCAUUGGCCGUGGAGGACAGCAGGGACAAGCCCACCUACAGCGUCCUGCUGGGGCAGCUGUUUGCUUUCAUCGGCACCAACCCGGACCAAGCUGUGUCCAGCAGCAGCUUUCUUUUGGCCGCGCAGACAAGGUGGCGGCGGGGAAACACACGCAAGCAGGCCCUGGUGCACAUGCGGGAACUGCUGACGGCUGCCGUGCGGGUCGGGGGAGUGACGCAUCUUGUGGGUCCAGUGACUAUGGUCCUUCAGGGGGGACCCAGAAUUGAAGAACUAACCUGUGGUGGGAUGGUGGAGCAGGUCCAGGAAGCCUUCGGCGAGACCAUGACCUCUGUCGUGUCUUUGUGUGCUCGUUACCCUAUUGCGUGUGCAAAUAGCAUCGGCCUCUUGUGUACCAUACCUUACACCAGGAGUGAAGAGAAGUGCCUGGUACGCAGUGGCCUCGUUCAGCUCAUGGAUCGACUGUGUAGCUUGAGCAGUCAGACCGAGUCUAGCUCCAGUGAGAAACAAACCAAGAAGCAGAAGGUGGCCACCAUGGCCUGGGCGGCCUUCCAGGUGCUUGCCAACCGCUGUGUUGAGUGGGAAAAAGAAGAAGGUGGCUCCACAGAGGCUGUGCACUCAGGUCUCGCCCGUCAGGUGUCCAGCCUUCUCACCAACCAUCUUGCCCGAGCGACUGAGUGCUGUGGCAACCAGGCUGCUGGGAACGAUGCUCUCCAGGACGUCCUUAGUCUUCUCAAUGAUCUCUCGAGGAGUCACAUAGGUAAAGCCAUCCUGAGCCAGCCAGCUUGUGUGUCCAAACUGCUCUCCCUGCUGCUUGACCAACGCCCAUCUCCAAAGCUGGUCCUUAUCAUUCUUCAGCUAUGCCGGGCGGCACUCCCACUGAUGAGCGUAGAAGACUGUGGAAACGUGGAGCUCCCGCCGUGGAGCUACUCUGUUCCCUCCCUCAACAGUGAGCAGGAAGAUCCCAGUGAUCCAGCAUCCAAGAUUGCCUCGUUGCUCUUAGCAAAGCUGGCGGAUUACGUGGUCCCAGGAUGUCAGACAGUUCUUUCUCCAACCGCUUCCGAACCUGAUACCACGUUGACAAAAACCAGUCCCAAGAGUUCCUUAAAAGGAGAUAAAGAUCCUGGAGAAGAGAGUGAAGCAGUGGAUGGCAAGCUCUCUAUCUUUAUCCACAAGCGGGAAGACCAGUCAUCCCAUGAAGUCCUCCAGCCGUUACUAAGUAGCUCAGAAGGACGGCCCUUCCGACUUGGUACUGGUGCUAACAUGGAGAAAGUUGUGAAAAUGGAUCGAGACAUGACCAAGGGUGGCUGCUGUGAAGUGAUUACAGAAGAGGCUGCAGCUGCUCUUCGGAAAGCAACCAAGUGGGCCCAGUCAGGCCUCAUCGUCAGCAUCGGGCCACCUAUAGAAUCAGUCAGCCCAGAGACUGUGAGUGGACUGUCCACAGGUGACAAAAAGAAAACUGCCCAGACCUCCAUUUGCCGAGAGAGGAACUCAGAACUUGCAAGGACCGACCCCGUCCGACCCUUCAUCAGUGGGCAUGUGGCAAACAGCAUGGCCGCAGAAGUCAUCGCUUUGCUUCAUAGCUUGCUAAUGGCACCUGAAUCAAAUGCCGCUCAAAUAUGGACCACAACGGCAGAGAAGGUUCUGUCUCGUGCAUUGAUGUACAUUCCGCAAUUGGGGAAAUAUGCAGAAAGCAUUCUGGAAAAUGGCAGCAGUAGUGGCAGAAAACUCGCCAAACUUCAGAGAAUCGCCCGCCAGGCCGUUGCUGCACUGUGUGCACUUGGAGGCUUCAAAGAGACAAUCAAGAUAGGGUCUGAGGUUCAGGUUUUAGGUAGAGGAAUAUCAGGAAGCAUCGGAGUAGUGGCUUCUAUCAAUGAACAGGAAGGUAUAGCUACAGUCAGAUUCCCACCCAUAGACUGUAAAAAGACUUCGCAAGCAUCAGACACAUUGACUAUUCCAUUGUCUAGACUUUGUGUUCCAAGAUCAGAGGCAUUGCCUCUUCAUAAACUGUCCAUUACUGAGAAGGUAGUACAGGCAGUCCAGUCCAUGUUGCUUCCUCAGGAGGGAAGUCUCUCUAUUCAUACCUCACUUCCUGCAACAGGAGAUGGGUCAGCUCCUGUGAUGGCAGUCGUUCGGCUCCUGGCUGAAAUAAGAACAAGAGCAUGCCUGGUCAUGGCCCAGCUUUUAGAAGACAGCUUAUUUUGUGAAGAAUUCAUACAACAGUGUCCAGCAGCUGUUGAAGUUCUUAACCUGGUAGCCCAGGAAUGCAGUGCUGGAGAGCGACUAGCAGUUGUGGAGGUGCAGUGUGAACGGCUGAGGAUGCUCUACCGGGACUGCGCUCGGCCCCCACCACCUCCACUGCAGGCCGACCGGAGACAGCCCAAAGAGAUUACUUGGAGCCCCUCCAGAGUGUUUCCGCCUGUACGAGCCUGCAUGUUCUCAUCACACCUUACUUCUGUCACCUUCCUGGCUGACCCCAGCGCUGGGGGCGGUCUGCCCCGGGGCACAUUUAUCUAUGCCACCUCACCACUGCCAGUUCAGGCCCCAUCUUUUUACUGGGAAAUUGAAAUUGUUUCCUAUGGAGAUACUGAUGACGACACUGGACCAAUAGUUUCCUUUGGCUUUGCUACAGAAGCAGAGAAACGAGAUGGGGCUUGGACUAAUCCAGUGGGCACUUGUCUUUUCCAUAACAACGGCCGAGCUGUGCACUACAAUGGCUCCAGUUUAUUACAGUGGAAGAGUGUUCGCUUGGACGUGACUCUCUCUCCUGGUGAUGUGGCAGGAAUUGGCUGGGAGAGAACCGAGGGAACUCCGCCUCCUCCAGGGCAGCCAGCCAAGGGCCGCGUGUACUUCACAUACUGUGGGCAGCGCCUCUCUCCGUAUCUCGAAGACGUCUCUGGUGGGAUGUGGCCUGUGGUUCACAUUCAGAAAAAGAACACGAAGACUCGAGCUAACUUUGGCUCCCGCCCGUUUGCCUAUGCCGAAGGGCAGGCCCACCGCAACGCCGCCGACCUGUGCACUGACCUGGCAGAAGAGAUCAGCGCUAACUUUGAGGCGCUGCCCUUUGCCAUGGCAUCUGACAGUGACAAUGAUGCUGGCACCAGUAUUGCGUCAGACCCGGGCACUCAUGGACCACCAUGCCGGAUUGCUGCUGUGGCCACUGCUCAACAACAAUAUGACAGUGACACUUCCUGUCAUUACAAAGUAGAGCUCAGCUAUGAGAAUUUCAUCACCUCCGGCCCAGACCCCCACCCACCUCCCAUUGCAGAUGAUGAAAGUGAUGACGAUGAUGAUGACGACAUCCCACAGGAGGACCACUAUGCCCUGCUGGUGAAAGCAUGGGAGACCAAGGUUUUUCCUACUAUCCGAAGACGGUUCCGCAAUGAAGCAGAGCGGAAAUCGGGCCUGGACCAGAUAAAGGGCGCUUUACAGCUAGGCAUGGUGGAUAUUGCCCGACAGACGGUUGAAUUCCUCUACGAGGAGAACGGUGGCAUCCCAAGAGACCUUUAUCUUCCCACCAUUGAAGACAUUAAAGACGAAGCAAACAAGUUCACAAUUGAUAAAGUUCGAAAAGGUCUCACAGUAGUAACCCGCUCUCCAGACAGCAAUAACGUAGCCAGCAGUACUGUUGGAACCGCUCUGCCAAAAUUUGCCAUCCGAGGGAUGCUGAAAACCUUUGGGCUUCAUGGAGUCGUCUUAGAUGUUGAUUCAGUAAAUGAAUUGGUGCAAGUAGAAACAUACCUCCGAAGUGAAGGUGUGCUGGUCCGAUACUGGUAUCCUAUUGAUAUGUUGGAAAGGCCCCCAGCAGGCUACCGAAGGACUGCCACCAAUGGGCUGGUCACACUGGACAAUGCCAACCUUCAAAUUCACAGAGAGCUGCUACGAUGUGAGGCUUCGCUGGCCAGGCUGUACUGCCGCAUGGCCCUGCUCAAUAUCUUCGCCCCCAAACUGCCUCACUUGUUUACCCGCCUCUUCCACAUCCCUGCCAUCCGGGACAUUACCCUGGAGCACCUGCAGCUGCUGUCCAAUCAGCUCCUUGCUCCUCCCCUCCCAGACGGCACCAUCAGCUCCAGCUCAAUCCUCCUGGCACAGUCUCUGCAGCAUUGCAUCCAUUCCCAGAACUGCUCAGCCACUGACCUCUUCUACCAGGGCAACUCGCAGACAGUGAGGGAGUGGCUUAACGUGGCCAUCACACGGUCUCUGCACCAGGGCGAGGAGAGCCUUUUGGAGCUGACGAGACAGAUCUGCUCUUUCUUGCAGACAGCACCAGAGCAGUUCCCCUCCGAAGAGUUUCCAAUUUCCGAGUCCAAAGUCAAUAUGGAUGUUAAUUUCCCCGGGGCGGCUUUUGUCGUUGUAUCUUGCAAAGAAAGUCAGUCUGGAUUCCGCAAAGACUCCUCUCUGUACAAGGCGCCAUGGGCACGCGUGCUCGUGUACGGGCUUGGCCACAAAGUGAAGCGAAAUGGCCAGCUAAACCUCAUCGAGGCCGUCUGUUACCCGCGGGAUGCAUCUCCGGCCAACACCGGGCUCACGCCUCCUCCCACCACCAACCAGUACCCUUCUGUGAUCCUCUCCACGGACAAGGUCCACAUCAAACUGGGGGUGUCUCCACCUCCUGGAGCCGUGCUGGUGUUACAUUCUCUGCCCCUGGAAUUCCCACUGGCUAUGGCCUUUGCGGAGCAGCUGCUGUCCUGGAAGUCGGAGGAUGGCGAAGGGAAGUCGGAAGAUGAGCCUGACACCCUCCCGACGUCUGUCCUCCUGCAAGUGGUGGAGCUGCUGGGAAACUUCCUGUGGACCACGGACAUGGCGGCCUGCGUGAAGGAGCUCGUUUUCCAUCUCCUGGCGGAGCUCCUGCGCACAGUGCACACGCUGGAGCAGAGGAAGCACCCUGCUGGCCUGUCCUCCUCCAUCGCCCUCCAGCUGAACCCCUGCCUGGCCAUGCUGAUGGCCCUGCAGUCGGAGCUGCAUAAGCUAUACGACGAGGAGACCCAGAGCUGGGUCUCGGGUGGUGCCUGCGGAGGCUCGGGAGCAGCAGCAGCUAGCGACCAGGGCAGGUUCUCUACGUAUUUUCAUGCCCUCAUGGAAGGUUGCCUGGCGGUGGCCGAAGUGACUCUGCCUACCAACAUGAGUGUCACAGCCAGCGGGGUGACCUCAACUACCGCCCCAAACCUCAGUGACUCGUCCUCCUCCUCCUCGUCCUCCCCAGGACAGACACCCCAGAGCCCCAGCCUCCUGUCCAAGAGGAAAAAAGUCAAGAUGAAGCGUGAAAAGGCCUCCUCCUCCGGGAAGCGCCAGUCCUCCCGCUCAGUGGAAUCAGACUCCGCCAUGCUCAGCAUCGGGGGCAGCAAGCCCGAGGACAUGCUGUGGUUCCACCGAGCCCUCACCUUGCUCAUCAUCCUCCGGCACCUCACCAGGAAGGACCCGCAGGGGCUGGGCGUGACGAGUGACGCCAUUGCCGACGCCUGCCAGGCCCUGGUCGGCCCCACUGCCCACAGCCGCUUGCUGGUGAUCUCCGGAAUCCCCACCCACCUGGACGAGGGCAUCGUCAGAGGGGCUAUCCGCAAGGCUUGCAAUGCCCACGGCGGGGUCUUCAAAGACGAGAUCUACAUUCCCCUGCAGGACGAAGACCCCAAGAAGCCGAAAGACAAGGCUGAGGGCGGUGAAGGGAAAGCCGAGCCGGAGAAGACCCUGGGCUUCCCCAGCACGGACUGUUUGGAGGUCAGCACGUCCAGCAGCCUGACCCCCGCCGUGAGCGUCAGCGCAUCUGCUUCCACCAGCCAGGCGUCCAUCUGCAGCUCCCAGGGCAUCUCGCAGGCAGUCAGUGACCUCUCGGUGGAGCCGCUGCCCUCAGGCCUCGAGCUGCCCAUCCCUCCUGGCUUGUUGGAGCCCCACGUGGUGUCCAGCCAAGAGAGCCUGGACGUUUCCCUGUGCAGCACUGGCAGUCUGGGCAGCCUGGGGAGCCUGGGGGAGCCCCUGGACAAUGCAGAGACGGCCUCGGUGUCGGACGUGGGCUCCCUGUACACAGUCACGUCCCUGGACAGCCAGCCCCUCGCAGUGCGCCCCAUCAAAGGCUUCGCAGUCGUGGAGAUAAGAUCCCGAGCCAAAAUCGAGAAAAUUCGAGCAAGUUUAUUUAACAAUAAUGACUUGAUUGGUUUGUCAAGUUUGGAUGGUGAAGAUGAAUUAAUGGAAAUGUCAACGGAAGAGAUUCUCACUGUAUCUGUAGUAAAUCAGAGUUUGUUCGAUACUCAGGGGAGCCCAGGGUUAGAAGAUUAUUUCAAUGAUAAGUCAAUUAAAGGUGAGAAGCUGGUGCCGGGGGCCAGAGAGGUGCUGACGGAGAUAUUUAAGAGCUGUGUCCAUUCAGAGCAGAUGCUGAGCCUGACACCGGCAAAGCCUAUCAAAGUGUCUGACAUUUAUCUUAGCAAAGAGCAGAUUAACUCCCAGACGCCAGGCAACCUCCUCCACCUCUUCUUCACCAAUGUCCGGCCUCCAAAAAAGGUGCUGGAGGACCAGCUCACCCAGAUCCUGAGGAAGUACGGGGUGCCGAAGCCCAAGUUUGAUAAGAGCAAGUACAGCAAAGCCGGGAAGGAGCAGCACCCGGUGAAGGUGGUGAGCACCAAGCGGCCCAUCACCAAGCCCCCUGCCAAGGACAAGACCGUGCUCAACAACGUCAGCAGGACUGCCUUAAGUGAGAAAAAGCCAACUGUGAAGCCAAAGUCACCGGAAAAGAGCAAACCAGAUGAAAAGGACCCAGAAAAGUCACCCACCAAAAAACAAGAAGUCCCUGAGGAAAAGUAUCUGACUUUGGAAGGAUUUCACAAGUUUGUUAUUGACCGAGCCAAGCAAGACAUCCGUAGUGUCUGGAGGGCGAUUUUAUCCUGUGGUUAUGAUCUUCAUUUUGAGAGGUGUGCCUGCAUCGAUGUCCGACAUGCGCACAAGGCCUCGAGGAAGUGGACCCUGGAGAUGGACGUGGCGCUCGUGCAGUACAUCAACCGGCUGUGCCGCCACCUUGCCAUCACACCCGCGCGGCUCCAUCCCCACGAGGUCUAUCUGGACCCUGCAGAUGCCGCCGACCCCAGAGUGGCCUGUCUCUUGAACGUGCCCAUCGAGAGCCUGCGCCUGCGCUUCGCCCUGCUGCAGUCCCUGAACACCACGCUGGAGACCUUCUUCCUGCCCCUGGUGGAGCUGCGCCAGACGCCCAUGUACACCCACGGCAUCGCGGCCCUCCUGAAGGAGGCCAAGGGGCUGAUCUUCUAUGAUACAAAGGUGACUGUCAUGAAUCGGGUGCUGAAUGCCACCGUGCAGAGGACAGCUGACCACGCAGCACCUGAGAUCACUUUGGACCCACUGGAAAUUGUGGGAGGGGAGAUCAGAGCUUCUGAAAACUCCUACUUCUGCCAGGCGGCCAGGCAGCUGGCCUCAGUGCCAUCCUCUCAGCUUUGUGUCAAACUAGCCAGUGGCGGAGACCCCACCUAUGCCUUCAACAUCCGCUUCACUGGGGAGGAGGUCCACGGCACCAGCGGCUCUUUCCGCCACUUCCUGUGGCAGGUGUGUAAGGAGCUGCAGAGCUCCUCGCUCUCCCUCCUCCUGCUGUGCCCCAGCUCGGCGGUCAACAAGAACAAGGGCAAGUACAUCCUGACCCCCAGCCCCAUCACCUACGGGGAGGAGCAGCUGCUGCACUUCCUGGGGCAGCUGCUGGGAAUUGCGAUUCGAGCAGACGUUCCUCUUCCCCUGGACCUCCUGCCCUCCUUCUGGAAGACGCUGGCUGGGGAGCCCCUGGACCCUGAUCAAGACCUGCAGGAAGCAGACAUCCUCACCUACAAUUACGUCAAGAAAUUCGAGAGUAUCAACGACGAGACCGAGCUGGAGGCCCUGUGCGCUGAGAUCGCCUCCCAGCACCUGGCCGCCGAGAGCCCUGACAGUCCCAACAAGCCGUGCUGCCGGUUCACCUACCUGACCAUGACGGGCGAGGAGGUGGAGCUGUGCAGCCGCGGCCGGCACAUCCCCGUGGCAUGGGAGAACAAGGACAUCUACGCGGCUGCCAUCCGGAGCCUGCGGCUGCGGGAGCUACAGAACGUCGAGUGCGUGACGGCGGUGCGGGCGGGCCUGGGCGCCAUCAUCCCCCUGCAGCUGCUCACCACGCUCAGCCCGCUGGAGAUGGAGCUGCGGACCUGCGGCCUCCCCUACAUCAACCUCGAGUUCCUGAAGGCUCACACCAUGUACCAGGUGGGGCUGAUGGAGACAGACCAGCACAUCGAGUUCUUCUGGGGGGCGCUGGAGAUGUUCGCCCAGGAGGAGCUGUGCAAGUUCAUCAAGUUUGCCUGCAACCAGGAACGCAUCCCGUUCACCUGCCCCUGCAAAGACGGGGGCCCCGACACAGCCCAUGUGCCCCCGUACCCCAUGAAGAUCGCCCCCCCAGAUGGCACAGCAGGUUCUCCAGACUCUCGCUACAUCCGCGUGGAGACCUGCAUGUUCAUGAUCAAGCUUCCCCAGUACUCCUCUCUGGAAAUCAUGCUGGAGAAACUUCGUUGUGCCAUUCACUACCGUGAAGAUCCCCUAAGUGGCUGAGGGGAGGGAGCCCCAGAGUUAGGCUGUCACCGAGGCACCACUCUGCCAGUUUGGGAAGCCUGCCGCUGCGGGCAUGUCCCUCCGGGCCCUGCGUGAGGAGUUGGCGACGUUCUCCUUUUCCAAACUUUUGUCUGCAUUCCAGGGCCUCCUGGAAGACUUCACCUUGUGUAUGUGUGCGUUUUGUGAUGGGUUGGUUCUCUUGCUGCCUGUCUGUGGUAUGUUUGUAGGAUAGUUUAGUUCUCAGACAGUUUGUGUCUCAUUUGAUCUUCCUGGACGUUGUCCUCCACAGCCACCGGAUUCUGAUGCCGUGUGGCCCCAGUUGGUUCCAGAUCACGGAACCACCCAGCAGGAAGCUGGUGGUGAGAUGCCCUUGGCCACACAGAGCGUCCUGUUCUUUCUGCAGAGCAUCUCCGCAAACAAGCCGGUGGCCAGCCCUGCCCCUCCUGCCUCGAGCUGGAGUUUCUCCUGGACUCGGCUCCUGCAGGCCUCCUUCCAUCUUGAAGUGGUUGGGCCAGUUACCCAGACGUGGGGGACACACACAGGGAGCUCUAUGUGUUAAUCUUCCGGCUUUAGAACCUUGUUGAUGGUCUGGGUUUUUCUGAAGAAAAGCCCUCAGUGGUUCCCCUGUCCCUUCUCAGCCAGACACCCCUCUGCUCUGUCUCUUCUGGGCCCCUGGUCUGACAGUUUCCCACUGAGUGCUCCCUGGGAGCAGGAGACCAAAGGGUUCAUUCCUGACCUUAGUUCUUGGAAGCAGGCCGGUGCCUCCCAGCUCCGGGAGCUGAGAGGACACACGGAGUGGGAGGGACGCUGCUUGAGUCGGGCCUUCUUCUGAGACCGGCUGGACAGGAAAGCACAUGACUCAAGCCUGCCCCCUCUUGCACUCAGAAACAGCCCUUCCUCGCGGCAGUGUUUGUGACACGAGGAACAGAGGAAAGGGCCACACAUCCACUUUAGAAAGAGCUGCCUGAGGUGCUCUGUUCAAUUCGGGGUCUACGUCAGUGACUAAGACCUUCAAGUCCAGGUGGACACACCAGGGGCUCUUUCUGCCCCUCUGGCCAGGCCUGCCCAGCACCCUCCCCUUGCCGCCCCACGUAAGUGUGUGUGCCAGGGCUGAGCUGCUCCAGGCUCACCCCCUGCCCCAGUGCACUUGUGCCCCCAGUAGGUCUUUGUCCAAUGGGACUUUGUUCGAGAGCAGCAUAUGCCAUCUUGUUGGACAAUGUCAUUUUGGACCUUGCCAGUUCUCACAGAGUUGCAUCACUGUAUUUAUUGUAUAAGAUUGUGAAUACUGGGCGUUCUGAGUGAGUGCUAUCUAGAAGGCUUUGGAGUGUGAAUGCAGGUGAGAAGGAGGAUGUGCUCCUCCUUUCUCUGCUGUGGCCCUGGCCUGUUGGAAAGAUGUGUGGAUUGUAGAGCUAGAGCCAUUAGCAUCCAUCUCCUCCCUACUAUCUUAGGAAAUGUGUUAAGGACCAUUACAGAAAAGCUUCCCCGACCUAAGGAAAAGGCAAACCUGGAUUAAUUGUUCCAGUUGCAUCAGUUACAUUUGAUGCAGGAUCAGUCAUGUCUGGAGGUGAGUGCCUGCAAGCAGUUUCCCUGCUUGGAAGGAAUUUGGUCGGUCGCUGCCUCCCGGGGGGGCCACAGCCUUCUUGACUAGGGGUCACACCAGGAUGUAGUCCUGACACCAAGGAUCCUCUUAUUUCAUUUCUGCAUAACGAAAGAGCCUUUGGAUUUAUUAGAAGUGGUUUUUCCUCCCUGUAUUUUUAAAUUCUUGGUCCCCUCCGAUCCUUCCCAUCCCUUGAAUGGACUCAGAAUUCUGUCAGCUACCUCCCUAGGAGGGUUUUGGGAAGCUUCUGUUGGCCCAUCACUUGAUGAGAUCAUAGCUGUGAGUAAGAUAUCUGCUGCUAACACGACUGCUUCUCCCAGAGAGCACAUUGAGGUCCAGACAGAUCCAAACUUUGGCCCUAAAAAAUGUGUGCUGUAAAGUUACUUGAUGUAUAUUUAUUAUAAUUAUUUAUGGUUGCUCAUUUAACAAACUUUUCAUUCAAUUUGAUGCUGUUUACACCAUUGCUGUGUAAAGGAAGCUCACUACAGGAAAAAAGUCACACCAAUAAAUAACCUUCAUCUAAUUUUGAUUUACCUUGAGAGUUGUGUGACCAUCUGCUCUUGCUGAGAAGAGUCAAAGGCCGACAUGCUUGCAUGGCUCUGAUACUUAAGUGCCGCCAAGUGGCUAGGAAUUAAAGUGUUUCUAAUUAUCAUGG